AUGCAAAUAAAGACAAAACAGACACCCAAAACAAAUAAAAGAACCACGCUUGUGAAAAAGUCAAGGGACAAAAUCAUUCCCAUAGAAAGUCUCAGGGGGAAAUAUCCCUUCACUAAGGAACACAAAAAUAUUCUUGUUGAUGGGAAUGAUAGACUUGAUGAACAACGGACAAAAUCGAAAACAGGAAAAAAUUCAUCUGCAGAACCUCAGGAACAACAAACUAUCCUGGAAGUAUCCACGGAAGAAAACAUUCCCAUAGAAAAACCUGAAGGGAACGAUAUUCCCACAGAAAUGUCCAAUGAAAAUACCAUUCCCACAACUCAGCCCAAACCAGAGAAGGUUCUUACUGAAGUCAUUCAGUGCAAGAUGCAUAAAUCUGGUGCAGUAAAGAAACAGAAGACAUCAGCUCGGAAAGAAGAAGCUGUGAAGACCAAGGCUAAGCAGAUGGCCGUAGACUUGCUGACAGAUUUUCAAACUGCUGUUUUGUAUUCACUGGAUCACGGAUUGAGCAGUGGCAAAGAACUUUCUCCAGGUGACGUCUGUAAGGUCCAAGCUCUCCUCAAGUCUGCUGAAUUAAAAAAUCUUUACGGAGUGAUUGAGAAAGCACUCAAAGAAAUAUUUGCCAAGCCAAUGCAGAAUGCCAAGCAAGAGCAUAGUGAACAACAUUUAUUGGUGCCAUCAAAGGAAAACCAAGUGGAGAAAUUAAAGGAGAAACAACCGGAAUUUACAACUUUAGCUGAACUUCUUGAAGAAAUUUUCAGAUUCAGUAUCAUUCAAGAGAUUGCACUUGAUGAAUUAAGUGCCCAAAUUCAAUAUUUCAUUGAAGAGGCUAAAGAGGACAAAAAUAUGUCCCAGGAAGAGGCCCACUUCUAUGAAAAGACCCUGGAAGCUUUGGAUACAAUUUUGACACUUGAGAAAAUGUCCUCUCGUGCCGGAAUGGACCAGUUAAUCAGGAUUCGAGAGGCAACCAAGAAUUUAUAUUCUGUCAAUAAUGUUCUUGGGCUUAAAGGAAAGGAAAUUAAACUACAGGCAGAACAUUAUAAGAAGGAAGGAGUUUUUCUGUCUAAUAUGGUAUCAGAGCCUAUAGAAAGAACAAUACAACCCAGAGGAAAGGUCUCCGAGGCUGCUGAUACCAACAAAAUUGUAGAUGGAUCGUAUAUUGUAAAUGUGACAUACUUAAGAACGAACUAUAAAACAUUGGACCAAGCAGUGUAUAAUGGCAUCAUUUCCAGACAACUCCAUGCCAUAGCAACUCAUCUUAUCCAUCAAACGUUAACUACAGUUCAGCUUCGACUGGCUUACUUAUUCAGAAAGUACAUCACUUUCUGUCAUAUUCAGACAUUGAGAAAUUAUUUGAACAGCAAGAUAUCUGAUGUCAACCGCAAGGAUGAAGAGGUUGCUGAGGAUCUAUACAGAUUUGCGAAUAGACUUGAAGCACGUGUAAAAUCCAGUAUGCAGCACUGGGAUGCAAGGCAGCAACUAGUUAAUCAGAGUCGCCAAAAGCACUUGAAUCGAAUGACUGACCUGUUCAAUCAGCUUAAACACCGUACUGGUCUACACUUGUUCAGUCCAUUUCUGGCCAAACCACCAAAUCCAAGGAUUAGGAAGCAGACCGGGUCCCCUCUUCAGCCAACGUUUUUGAUAGCAUCCAAUAAACCAUGUUAUCUUCAUGGUCAAGGCAACUGUGCAUCUUCAGCUUUUCUUAGAAUGAGGAACUCCCAAAUGUUAUCCACAAAUAUUGUUGAUGGGAGUUUUCCAAUUGCCAAGAAGAACUCUGCUAUCCCAGCUUCAUUUCCAGAGACUCCGAAAUUAAUGACAGUGGACAGAACAAAUUCUUUCAGAGAGAUGUUGACAAAAACGCAGAUAAGUAUUGUUGGAGAAAGCUUGCAGACACCAAUGAAGAGACUUUCCAUUCCAUCUGGAUCACAAAUUUUCAGACAAAAAUGUGAUCUUAACCCUUGUUACAUCUACAAACAAGUUUAA